AUGCCUUCCGCUUCCCCCUCUCCCAUCAAACGGCCCUCGCUAAACGAGCGCACGUCCUCGACCCAUUCUCUGAGUUCCUCAGGCAGGCAAACAACCACCCACAAAGCCCACCGUCCCCACGUCGUCAAUCGCCAUUCAAGAAAUGUCUCGCACGGAAAGGGACUCAGUAAACUAGGCAAGGUCCAAUCUACCGCCAGCAUCACUUCCGACUAUCAGAACCAUCACCAGCGGAAAAAGUCAGGGGGCACCUCACCUCCCCACAGCCCGAGAACGCCUCUGGUAAAACGCAACAGCUCCCAUGUCACCUUGGUCAAGAAUACCUCCUUCGGGAACCUGCGCAAAAAUCAAUCCGCCAACGCUCUGCCACGAAACGUCUCCCACGGGGCCCUGAAGAAGGUCGGAUUAACGCCGGCAGUUAGACGGAAGAGCAAGGGAGAGAAAGAUGGCGUGUUUCAACUUGGUGACCGAUCUUCAGACGAUGAAGAGGAGGGUGAAUGGGAGGACUCAACCACACAGUCUCCCGAACUCACACGCAAUAAUUCCAAGACAUCUACGCCAGUGAGGGCACAUACGCCCAACGGUGAGGCAGCCCCUCGACGCCCUACAGACCCGGACAUUAGCCAUCCCGAAAAGACGUCCUCGCCUCCCCAAGCAUCCUUAAAGACCAAAAAUCGAUCUGCGCCGAACCUCAAGAAUGAGUUGGCCAUAUUGCAGUCGCAGAACCCUGCUGAUCCUGCCCUGCUUCAACAAUAUCCUCGAUCUUCUCGUGCCCCUCCGGCAAUGUCGACUGUUUCUGCACACGUUGGACCUGGCCAGUUGGUGCGGAACGACUCGUCCAGAUCCUUCACCCACAUUUCGCAUGCCGACGCUGCUUCGUCAACAGCGAACACGGGUCACACGGCCCUUACCCCUGCCUCCGGAAAACUUACUCCUUCGUCGUCCGGCCCCGUGUCCGGGCCCGUUUUGGUGUCCUCGUCUGUAGAAGGUGGUGUCUCACAUUUCCUACCGACAGACACUCCAGCCGGCUCCGUCCGCCAUAUUGUAGACGACUCUGAUGAAGACUCCCCGUCAAACUUUCUUUCCAACUACAAACCCCAACCGUCGGAAUCCCCGGAGAAGGCCAGGACUCUGCACAAGGCAAGGAUAUCCCAGAAUCCAUCCCGGACGCAGCAGAAGCUUGAGCUGCAGAGAAGGGAGAUCAUGAGAGCAGGCGCGGCGACACCUACAACCCCUCCCCCGGCCGGCAUGGGACUCCAACUAGGGUCUGGGACGGCGAUGCAUGGCCGUGCAGGAUCCAGAAAUAGAAAUCGAUCGCUAGCCGGGGAAAUCAAAGCUGCGAAGCAGGAUUAUGAGAGUGCCGUCAAACAGUUGAUGGUGGUUAGGAGGUUCCGCAGUCCACUCGUUGAAAGCAUGAAUCGACUCAAGGACAGCAAUUCACUGCCUCAAGACGUUGGCUCCGUCGCCCCUAGUGGAGCAUACUCUAAGAGCAGACCGCAAAGUCGGCGUGGACCCAGUGCGACGAAUGUGAAUGGACACACAAAGACUGGCGUCAGCCGGAGCUUGGAGGACCCAAAGCCGUCACCAUUGAUGUCACGCUCCAACAGCAGAGGCCAUGGGGGUAGAGUCCAUUUCCAGCGCCAGAGCAGCCAUGAUGAUAUCGAGGUGACACCGUCGCAGGGCAAUCUUGAUGGUGCCCAGGACGAUGAGCAUUUUGGACUUUCAUCGGAGGAGGCGCUGAUGCGGCGGAUUUGGGACAGCCGGGAAGUGUAUGACGCUGGCGAACCUGGAUCGGCGUGA